CCGACGCCCACCCCAUGACGCAGAGCUGCCCGACGCCGCCGCAGACGCGCCGCCGCUUCUUCCUCAGCCCCAAGGCCCUACGCAGCCCCUGGGGCCAGCGAGGGCCCCGCGAGGCUGGCGAGCACCCGCCCGCACUCUCAGAUGACGAGGGAGGCUCCAUCCGGCCUGUGCCUCACCUCACAAAGAAGGCAUCGCAGAAUGACUUGUACAUGCGAUUGGGGCUGCUCCUUGGUGAUAGUGCGCGAAGAGCUGGCCGUGCAGCUCCCUCCCCGCCUCGCCGCACAGGAGUCCAUCGCAACCCUUGUGCCUCCUACUCAUCCCUUGCCAGUCUUGACAUGAACACUCUGGGCUCUACCAACACCAGCCCUGUAUCCACACUAACAGGUUCCUCCGAGGCUGAUAUGCACAGCCACUCUCGCACUCUGAAGGACCCUUCUUCAGAAAGCAUCACAUCCCUAAUGUCUGUUUCUGGACAGAGCAACUGCUCAUCAAGUCCAGUGAGCCGUCGCCAUUCCGUCACCACCUCCCAACCAGGUCAAGUGGAAGAACUAAAUGUGUUUCGAAAUCGAAGGGCAUCAAUUCGUCGAUCUGCUCGUACAGGAUCUGUGAAGGGACCUAUUGAUCCAAAAGUGAGAUUUGCCCAGUAUCGAGCACAACAGUUGACCUUGAAGCCCUUGUUCUUUGAAGUACCUCUCCAAGAACCUGAUCCUCUUUUUGUGGGCCGACACUGGCUUCUCCAAGAUUUGGAAGAAGUGUUGGCACCUGAUACUGGUAUGUCUGGUGCCCUUCUUGUUGGCAACCCUGGCACUGGUAAGACUGCCUUCGUCCUACAGUUGGUAGAAUAUAGCUGCUUUGGACGUCGAAGGGACCCCUCAUAUCAACAAGAUUCCUUAUUAUGUAAUGGGAAAGACAGACCAUCAGGAUCACAAAGCUUCUAUUGUAAUAUAAAUCUAGUCUCCGAAAGAAUUCGACACUUGGCAUCUCAUGUUGUUGCAUACCACUUUUGCCAGGCUGACAACAAUAGUACAUGCCUGGUUCCAGAAUUUGUGCAUUCAGUAGCUGCCCAGCUAUGUCAAGCUCCACAAUUACAUGCCUAUCGUGAUCUACUUCUCAGUGAGCCCCAUCUACAGGGUGCUGUAUCUCUGAAAGAGUGUGCAGCAGAUCCUGACCUAGCUCUGGCUCGGGGUAUUUUGGAACCUUUGUCGUCAUUACAUCGGCUUGGAAAGGUUCCAGGUGAUGGUUGUAUUGUGUUAGUAGAUGCAUUGUGUGAAGCAGAAUUCCAUCGUCCUGAUCAUGGAGACACACUUUCAUCAUUUUUGGCUCGACAUGUGCCUGACUUCCCUCCCUGGCUCAAAAUUAUUGCUACAGUUCGCACUCAGUUACUACAAGUUGCUUCUCCACUUGCCUUCUAUGAAAUAAGCCUUGAUAAAACCAGCAGCAAUGAAAGCCUUCAAAAGGAUCUUCUGGAUUAUAUCAACUUUAGGCUAAUUAACAGUCCCUGCAUUCAGAGUAAUGUUGCAUCCACCUCUGGCAAAUUAGAUGGUAGCAUGACCAGUUCAGGCUCUCAGUCUCGUUUCUCUCAGCAUCUUCUUUCUCUUUGCCGAGGAUCUUUCCUCUUUGCAAAGCUGACUCUUGACCUGCUGGAGAGAGGACACCUUGUAGUCAAAUCAUCUGGCUACAAAGUUCUACCUGUUUCACUAGCCCAGAUUUUCCUGCUGCAUUUCAACUUGCGCUUUCCAACAGUGCGAUCAUUUGAGAAGGUUGCUCCCAUUCUCAGUGUAUGCCUUGCUGCAUUAUACCCACUGACACUACUGGAAAUUUACUACUCAGUCAAUGCUAUUUAUGUGGACAAAUUCAUGUCAUGGGAUGAUUUUCUUGCAAGAUUCAAGACUUUAUUGGGCUUCCUGGUAAAGCGUUUAGACAACACUUACAUGUUUUUCCACCCAUCUUUUCGGGAAUGGCUUAUUCGACGAGAUGAAGGUGAAAGCAACAAGUUUCUGUGUGAUCUGAGAACUGGCCAUGCAGGUAUUGCCCUUCGUUUAUCACGAGUGCAAGCACCUCUUGAUGCAGAGAAGACUCUGGAGUUGGGUCAUCAUGUGCUUAAAGCUCAUCUCUAUAAGAAUAUGACCUUGCACAAAUAUUCCUCCCGAGACUUACAAGCCCACUGGGUAUCCAUGAGCUCUGAAAAUAUUUCUGCUGCUCUUUGCUCAUUGCGAAACGUAUAUAGCCCAAAUGUCAAGGUGUCACGACUCCUACUUUUGGCUGGUGCAUCUGCCAACUAUGAAACAGAGUUUCUAGGGAGUGCUCCUGCACUAUGCAUAUAUGCUAAUGAGGGCAUCUCUAGUAUGGUGUCUUUACUCUUAGAGUUUGGGGCUGAUGCAGAACGCACCAAUAGCCAAGGUUGUACUGCAUUAGCACUGGCAUCAACGCGAGGACAUUGUGAAGUGGUGCGGCUUCUAGUAAGUGCAGGUGCAAGUUUAGGCCAUGCAGACACUGCUGGCCAAUGCCCAUUGGUGCAUGCAGCCAGAGGAGGAUGGCUGAAUGUUGUGGGGUAUUUACUUUCCUGUGAUUGGGUGCUGACCCAGCCUAAUGAUGUAAUGCUGCAGGAAGCCACACAACAAGCUCUUGUAGCAGCUGCAGGCCAAGAUCAUGUAGAAGUGGUGGAAUAUUUGUUGGACAUGGCAGAAGUAACUAUUGAUGCUGUGGAUACUUUGACGGGUGAAACUGCUUUGACAAUAGCUGCCACUAACGGCUGCCCAGCUGUGUGCACCAGUCUUCUGGUGCGUGGAGCCAGUGUUUCAGCCUCCAAUAGGAAGGACAUGUGCCCACUAUUAUUGGCUGUAAAAGGUGGCCGCUGGCCUAUUGUGGACAGUUUACUGCAGAAUCAUGCACCACUAGAACAGUGUGAUCCAUCCGGUCGCACUCCUUUGAUGCUUGCUGCAGCUGAAGGCCAUUUGUCUCUGAUGGAGCAGCUCUUGGACAGAGGAGCCUCACUUCAGAGACAGGAUAAAGAGGGUUUAACAGCUCUUGGAUGGGCAUGUUUACGUGGGCGUGUGCAAGCAGCGCAAUGCCUUCUUGAUAGAGGUGCGGAUAUAAACUAUGCUGACAAGACUGGGCGCACACCAUUGGAUCUUGCAUCAUUUCAAGGAAAUCCCAAUCUAGUCCAGCUUCUUAUGGAGAGGGGAGCUCUAAUUGAGCAUGUGGAUAUCAAUGGAAUGCGUCCACUUGAUCGUGCUAUUGGUUGUCGCAACACGCAAGUUGUGCAUUGUUUCUUGCGUAAGGGAGCCAAACUUGGUCCUGCUACUUGGGCUAUGGCAUCAGGCAAACCAGAGAUUAUGCUGAUUCUCCUAAACAAAUUAUUGGAAGAUGGCAAUGUUCUUUAUCGGAAGAGUCGGCUCAAAGAAGCUGCUCAUAGGUACCAAUAUGCACUGAAGAAAUAUCCAACAGAAGAAUUGGGAGAACAUGUUAACACCUUUGAGCAACUACGCAUUAAUUUGAUACUGAAUUUGGCUCGCUGCAAACGAAAGAUGCGAGAACUAAAUGAAGCUGUUGAUUUAGCUAACCAAGUUUUAAAGCUUAAAAAGGAUUCCUUUGAAGCCUAUUAUGCACGAGCCAAAGCUCGAGUAGAUCAGAGGCUUUUUGAGGAUGCUCUUGAGGAUAUCCAAGAAGCACUGCGAGUUGCCCCACCAACAAGUCGAGAAGUGCAUCGUGUCCUCUGCAAAUUACGGGAGGAAAUUAAAGCUGAGAUGACUACACCUCAAUUAUCCGGACAUCGGGGUUUGGCAACAUCUGUUGACAUGCUGAAUGAGCCUGAGACGCACGCAUAAAUUCAUUACAUUCUGGUGCUCAAAGCACUUCAUAAUGCUGGGCAAAGUGCAGUACCUUUCAUGUUCCUUAUUUUCUAAACUUUUUAUUUUGCAAUGCAUAUAUGAUAUUCAUGAUGAAUUUCAAGAAAGCUUGUGUUCUGAUAAGUGAUUGUUAUUUUUUAUUUCCUAAUUCAUAAAUAAGAGGAGCUUGUGGUUGUAAGGUGCAUUUCCUUAGAUUCUGACAAAUUAGAAUCAGCUAGGAAAUUACCUGUUUUGUGACUGAAUGAUUAUUGAUUCCUUGAGGGACAGUACACUAUUUGUGACAGUUUUAAUUCAACAAGCAUCUCAAGAAGAGAUGUAUACUGUAAGAUAUCUUCAUAAAUGUGUAUAUUAAUUAAAUAUUAACAACAAUGUGAAAAGUAUUUGUAUAGAUGUUAUAAAAUUGUAUAGUUGUCAAGAAUUGGUAUUAUUCAAAUCUACUAAUUACCUAGCUUAAAGCUAGAAAGAAGUUUUAAUUAUUUUCAUGAAUAUGCAUAACAAAUCUGUCAAUAUGUGGAUUAUUUGUAAAUGACAUUGUGAGAAAAAUAUUAAUGUCAGUCUGAAUCCGAUUAUUACUUGCAUGAAAUAAUAACUGAAUAGCGUUUGUAAAUAUUUUGGAAGUUCUCAGCUAUAGUGAUUAUUUCUCAAAAAAUUAUAAAAUUGUAAUUUGUGUGGCAAAUUUUUAAUUAUUAAAUCAAUAUAUUUACAUAGUUUUCUUUGUAUGUAUUUUUUCAAAGCAUGAAAGUAUUCCUCUUCAGUAAAUAUAGAGGAAUGGUUCAGAAUAGUUUGGAUUUUUAAUUCAAAUAAAACAUUUUAUUCAAAAGUGAUUACUCCGAUUGACAUUGGAGAUACUGAUACACUGUAGAAGUGUAUACUAACGUAUGUUUAAUUGUAUUUAUAAUCAAUCCCUGCUUCAUAUAGUUUUUGUUAUUGAACAUUCCCAUCUCUUAUGACAGGAUACUGUAGUAUGAAAUGUUUUGUUCCUCUUUCGUUAUAAUGCUGAACAAUCAAUAUGAUCUAUGUAUCAGGUUAUGGGUAACUCUUUCACUAGUUACAUUAUACAUUCACAAUGUGCAAAUGAAAAUUUCUCUACAUUUUUCUUUUGCAAGAUGUUUAAUAAGUAGCACAAUUCAUCACAAAGUUUGUGCAUAAAUGAAAAUCAAAAGUUUUGAAGUAUUUUUGUCCUUUAAAUCAUGAGUGCAUGACUGUUUUUUGAUGUUUGGCAUACUCCCUUGUUUUAAAGGGUAAAGAAUUAUUAUUUGAAGAAAAUAAUGGGUGAAAAAAUAUAAAAAGGAAAAUAAUUUAAGUUGUAGUACAUGAUUGAAUACUUUUAUUUUUGUCUAAUUGUCCAGGUCAUUAACAGUGCUAAGCAGGCAUACAUCUCAAAUUAUAUAAUGUGCAUCUACUUAAAGCACAAACGUCUUCAUUCAGGGAUGAACAUAAUAAAGAAACAAAUUAAAACUUGUUUUCAAGAGUAAUGAAAUGAAAGUAUUCUAUAAAUACAAAGAAAGGUCAUCCAUAUUAUAUUACAACAGAAUUUAACUUUCAAAAUAUCCAAUGAAGUGAAUGUGCCAAAUGUUCAAAAUACUGUAUAGCCCUUAAAAUUCCUCGUUAUGUCUAUACUUUGGACAUUAAUGAAGUUAAUGAGAGACUCUACUCAACAUAUUUGUAAGUGAAUUUGAUGUUUUAUGCUCCAAAUACUUCUGACCUCGAAAAUACACUGCCAUUAACUGUGUUUAUUUGUUAAUUUUCAUACACCUCCUCUUGACUUUCGUUAGAAACGAGAGACACAAGACUGAAGUUCUUACAUUGUAUUUCUAGACACUAUGCACACAUCUUGCUGUAAGUUUUUUCUCUACAAAUAUUCUGACUUCAUUCUCAUUUUUUCUGUACAACUUGUCAUUAUGCAAGUUAACAUUUUAUAUUUCUUUAGAGGUCAGUUUUAGAGGUGAUUUGUAAUAUUUUUGCAUAUCAUGAAAUAACAGUAACAAUAAGAUCCUAUUAAAUGAUUGUUGUAGAUAGUUAAUAUAUAUAUUUAUAUAAUUUUAUAGAGGUAAAAUUCAUUUACUGUCAUUGAUGUUUCGAUAAGUUAAUAAAUUUAUGUAAAAUUUCCAUGGUCAUUUGUUUAUGAAAUUCUUAGAUAUACCACCACCAGUGUUACUCUAUUUUGAAUUGAUUUCUGAGUGAAGUGCAAAGGCUAUGCAUGUUGAGAUAUAUCUGUGACUGAAACUGAAAAGAGAGUGUGAGAAAGCAAAGAUGUGGAUGGAUGAUGGCAAGAUUUUAGUCUGUAUUUGAAAAAGAGGUAAGUGAUUCAUCAAGAAAUGGAACGUUCUUACAUUUUAAAAUUUAAAGAUUUUAACAUUACAUUCUUAAAAUAAAAAGAUUUCAUGGGCAAGAUUACCAACUAAGAGUGGGGAGGAGGAGGAGGAGGUUAAAGGCAGAGGGGUAUAGGGUAUUGGUUUGUGUUAUGUGAUGCUGAUAUUUUUUUUUUUAAUUAAAGAUUUACUGAAAUUUUUUUUCUUUCAGUUUUAUACUAAA